AGUUGAAAAUAUAAAAAAGGAAAAAAAAAAAAAAAAAAAGAGUUAAAAUGGAGGACGUGCGUGCUGCGUGCGUAUAAAUAGAAACGACAUGGCUGAAAAAUUUAGCUGAGCCUGAGAGUGAUCGAAGAAUGGAAAAUUCAUCUGAUUCGAGUAGAAUAGACGAAGAGUAUCGGCCAUUUCCUCCUCUCUAUUUCAUUUUGACCUUAAUUUGGUUCCUCUCCGUCUGUUCCUGGACCUUCAACACUUGCAAAAAUCGCCAUUUUCAGACGAACAGAUUGCAAUGGACGCUGGCUUCUGUUCCACUGAUCAAAACUCUGCAACUUACCCUAUCUUUCCUCUUCUGGUAUUCAUGCUUUUAUAAUCACGUAUGCUCUCUGUGGAUAUCAUUUGGUGUCUAUGUUACCGGAAUUCUGUUCCAAACUGUAACUUUUGUUUCAUUCUUGCUCAUUUCUAAUGGAUACUGCAUCACGUGUGAGCGACUUUCUAUACAAGAGCGCCGCAUCACAGCUGCUCUCGCGUGUAUUUUCUACUUGACUCUUGUCGGCUACAGAGCUUCUGUACCUUAUUUCUCUGUACUCCUUACACUUAGCUAUUUCAUUUCAUUUUAUGUGAUAUUCAAGCACAUAUCACAGAACUUAAUAGUUCUGCAAGAACAGUUAACCUUUAUAGAGGAUGAGGAAAUCCCUGCAAUGCAUGAAGCAAUCUACACAAAGUAUACAAUGCUCAAGUAUGCAGCAUCUACUAAGUUUCAUAUGAAAAUUUCAAAAUGCAAUGCUUAUGAUGGCUGUGGCAGAACUGGCGAUAACUACUGGCUCCGAUUGUUGGUUCGAGAAUGGGCACAGUUUUGUAUACUCUCUUACAUUGGGUGGACUUUCAGGUCAAAAGACUUGGCGCCACGCUUCUCUGUUAUGCCGGUAAUAAAGUCUGUUGGAGAUAGAAUGGUACCUCCUAUUUAUAGCAUUGAAAUGGAUGCAGCUACCUUUAAAGACUUUAGUAGUCAUGGAUGGCAUAUAGGGGUGCCUACUUCGCCCAAGAAAGGAAGCUUAAAGAAUUCAGUUUUAGUGGUUGUUCAACAUCCCCAUGUGUGUAGAUUGACACCACCUGACACGCAUUCAUAGAGUGUAGCUUAGCUACUUAUGCUGAAGAUGUAUAUUAUUCAUUUGUGUUCUCACUCCUGACAGAAGAAAGUUUCAGGACAUACGGCAGAUCAACAUCCAUCUAUUAUAGUAAAGGAGGAUUAUGACCAGUAAUUUCUGUAAAUCUUUAUACACAUUUCUUCUGAGGAAACCUCAGAGGUUUUUGGCUGUAAAUGUACAUUGUUCCCUGGAUAUUGUCUGCUUCAGCAUCCAUUUUUCGGUGGUAGAAAGCUUAUGCUUUGCUGCAAACACACUGUCCCUCCAGUUUGCAGCUUUAUAGCUCCUUAUUUUCAUUACUGCCCUUAUAGUUUCUAUGAAAAGAAAGGAAAAUUGACCGAUUCAAAUAA